UUUGCUGCGACACACGUGCAGCUCUGUCCAUCAUGGCUGCCUGCAGUGUGGAGGAGCUCUUAGCCAAAGCUGAACAAGAAGAGGCUGAAAAACUAAAAAGCAUCUCCGUCGAGAAGGAGCUGGAUCUGGAGUUUGACGUUGGGAACCUCCUAGCUUGUGACAAAAACCGCAUUGAGUCCAGAGACUUUAGGGAGAGGGGGAAAGAGGACUUCCUCCGAUCAUUGGCUCGGGACAACACGCAGCUUCUCAUCAACGAAAUAUGGAAGCUACCCACGGAGAGGAACGAGGAGGUCCUGGUGGCCAAACUACCGGAGCAGACCACCCGACUGCCCAGAGAGAAGCCCCCACCGAAGCCCAGACCCCCAACCAGGUGGGAACAGUUCGCCAAGCUCAAAGGUAUUCAGAAGAAGAAGAAGACUAAUCUGGUUUGGGAUGAAACUGCCAAGGAGUGGAGGAGGCGCUGGGGCUACAAACGGGCCAACGAUGACACCAAGGAAUGGCUGAUCGAGGUCCCGGGCUCCUCAGACCCCAACGAGGACCAGUUCGCCAAACGGAACAAGGCCAAGAAGGAGCGCGUGGCCAAAAACGAGUUUAACCGGCUGAAAAACAUCGCCAGAGCGAUGAAAAUCAAAACUCCCGGAGUGGGGCUGCUUCCCAAAGCGCAGCAGUCUAAAGACGAGCUGCUCAAAGCCGUGAGCGUGGCUAAGACUUCCACGGCGUCCGUGGGGAGGUUCCAAGACUCCCUGCCCAAAGAGAAACCCCCCAAGAACUCAGGCAAGAAGAGGAAGUUCGACCCCCUGAUCGGGGACUUCUCCAGCGAGAAGCAGAAGCAGCUGGAGCUGCUGCAGGUGAUGGGCAACAAGACGCCCAAGCUGGACCUCACCAAGGCUGUGAACACACAGAUGAGGGAGGAGGACAGAGAGGAGGCUGCAGCCAGGAGGAGGAAGGGGCGCAAAAUGCCAGGGAAGGGGGGCAAAGGAAAGGGAGGAAAAGCUGGAGGAGGGAAGGGGGGCAAAGGAAAAGGAGGAAAAGCUGGAGGAGGGAAGAGAAGAGGAAAACCAGGGAAGCAGUGAAGCCUUUGAUGUCCUGCUUCAUCUGGACAUUUCUGCCUCAAACAGAACUGAUCCACCGAUGUGCCCUGUGUGUGAUUAAAGUCAUGGACUCUUGAUGACAGAACUUAAUGUAAAAAUACACAAUAUUACAGCUUGAGUGUUCAAUUUCUUCUGAACAUACUCAAACCAUCAAAGUUUGAUCAACUACUUUGUAAAAUAAAUAACAUUAUUGCAGCUAAAUUGAUUUAUUUCAAGUAUUUUGUUUCCUUACAACAAACCAUAUAUAUAAUAUCCUAGCCUGUAUGUUGCAAACCAUGAUACGACCACCACUGAGGUCUGACAAGUUAU